AUGAAUCUUUUCCCACUUUUUGUGGUGGUCUAUACAUUGCUGAUACAAAUCUCCUUGAGUGAAUAUUCUCUACCUAAAUUUAUCUGCACUCCAAUGCCUGUAGAUAUGGACUGCCAGCCAAACAUGCAACGACACAGUCCAGGUGGUGGGGGGCACUGGGUGGGCAUGCAGGAAGAAGCCAAAGAAACCAUAUUACAUCUGCGUGAGACAGUGGUUCACCAGAAGGAGACAAUCUUAGAUCAAAGGGAAACAAUACGAGAGCUGACUGUGAAACUCAGUCGUUGUGAAGGCUAUCCUCAUAGCAGGACCCAUGAAGAAAGUCAUAGUCAUACUCUUGAGCACGGACAAGAGAGGGAGCGUGGGCAUGAAGAAACCUUUGGCCAUGAAAGAGAGCAUGGUCACAAAAGGGAACAUGGCCAUGAGUGGGAAGAGGGGCAUGAAAGAGAGCAUGGUCACAAAAGGGAACCUGGCCAUGAAUAUGAAGAGGGGCAUGAAAGAGAACAUGGUCAUGAGAGAGAACAUGGACACAAGAGAGAACAUGGACAUGAAUGGGAAGAGAGGCAUGAAAGAGACUAUGGACAUGAGAGAGAACAUGAGCAUGAACGAGACAACGUCCAUGAAAGAGAGCACCCUCAUGGUUAUGAAGAUGCCCAUGGACAUGUCAGAGAUCAUGAAUAUCAUCCUCUCACCCACCGAGAGUACCGGGAGCAACCAGAACAUAACUCUUAUCGCAAGUCAAGUGUUCCACCAAACACAAUGGAAGACCCUCCAGAGGUCACACCAUCUGGAAUUCCUCAGAUGGAACGAAUGCUGGAGUCACUGAAGGACAGGCUGGAACAUCUACAGAGAAACAGAAACUCUUCUCUCUUUUCAACAUCUUUGAAAGAUACCCUCCAAAAAAAGAUCAGCAUAUUGGAGCAUCAGAUACAUGAAAAACACAAUAUCUCAGAGCACCAUGAUAAGGAACAUGAUCAGACACAUGAGAACCCAGUAAGACACAAGGUGAACAGCACUCUUCCCAUCAAUGAGAAAGGACAUAAAGCAGACAAAAAGUCUAAUGAUUUCAGGGUCAGUUUCCCUCUCCGUACAAACUACAUGUAUGCCAAAGUCAAAAGGACUCUUCACCAUGAGAUAUUUGCAUUCACCAUCUGCUUAUGGCUGAAGUCUAACUCCUCUCCAGGCGUGGGCACGCCUUUCUCGUACUCUGCCCCAGGACAGGCUAAUGAAGUGGUGCUGAUUGAGUGGGGAAACAACCCCAUGGAAUUGCUGAUUAAUGACAAGGCUGUCACUCUACCACUGUCCAUCAACGAUGCUAAAUGGCACCAUGUUUGCAUCACAUGGUCAACAAGGGAUGGUUUUUGGGAAUGUUACCUGGAUGGCGUGAGGCGUGGUAAUGGCGAAAAUUUGGCACCUUGGCACCCAAUAAAGCCUGGUGGAGUGUUUGUUCUGGGGCAGGAACAGGAUACCCUGGGAGGAAGGUUUGAUGCAUCUCAGGCCUUUGUGGGCGAAAUUACAGACUUCAACAUGUGGAGUCACAUCCUAACUCCUGGUGAGAUUUACAAACUGGCCACCUGUGCCAUGCAUUCCACUGGCGAUGUCAUAGACUGGACGGAAUCUUCCAUGGAGCUCCAUGGGGGGGUGUCGAAACUCCCCUUCAAUUCUUGCCAUUGACGUGAGGGGUCCCUCCACGUACAGCAUGCUCUGAUAGGAAGCCCAGACAUGGAGUGGGCUCCCAAUACCCCAAUGACUAUUGCUUCAAAUUGCGUAGAUAACGGUGUAUCGCUGUUCUUCCGACACCUUUGUGUAAUUCCUUUCUUUUUAAUUGCUUUUGUGGUUUAACCUAUCGUUUUAUUUCUUGUGAUAGUGUGUGCUAUUUUUGUAGAUGUAAACAUGAUUUGCGUAAUCCAGCUGCCAGCUUCGGACUUGUAUUUCUUCACAACUGCAUGUCUGCAAACAAGGAUGCAUUCUUAUACAGCGCAGUGUGGAAGUUUAAGCAAACGGACAAGAACACAUCUGUAAGUUGUUCUGAUCUUCCAAUAAUGCAGACAGCAAACAUGCAAGUGUUGUUCUGUCUUGCACCCCCCAGAGUUCGUAGGUACUGAACUUGAGUAAUGUCUCAUAAUUAAUCAAAAUUAUGCUUUACAAGCUAAAUGCUGGCUUUGAAAUGAAUGCGCCUCAUCUAUCCAUCUGCAAAAAUGUGAUACCAUUUUGUAAGGCAAAGUAUUUAAAUGAUAUUCUCUAAGGGCUGCAAGGGCACAUUGACAAAGGGGAGUUCCUGGCUUGCAGACAGCCAUAGAUUUUCUUUCUUCUUGUGAAAAGGACUUUUAUUUUCAUGAGUGUUUACUGGCACUGAUGUCAUAAACCAGAAGUCACCUAUUCCUGUCAGUGGGAUGCCUUUUUAACCAUGCAGGAUCAUUUGAUUGGGAUACAUGCAUUUAUAAACAUAUGAUUGAUAAAAUAUACUGAAACUUGCAAAAGGUCACCAAGGACAGACCAGAUGUUCUCGUGGUCACAAACAAACGUAAGCCAUGAAUAAAGCGGGAUCACUCAAAUAGCUAAGGAGUGUGCUGCGAUAAAUCGUUAGUCAGCUGCCGGACUCCAGAAAAUAAAUAGUUUUUACAGGGACCAUUACAUAAAAUGGAAUGUGGAUAUGUACCUUAUGUGCAAGGCUUCUGCGCAUAUAGAAACCUAUUGUGGGGCUCAUUCUUGUAUGUGGUACAUGCUUACUGUGAGGGGAUGUGUGUUAGACUUGCUAGGUUACUUAAUGCUUAUGUACUGUUCCAUGAAUCUCAUGCAUUCAGAACGUAUAUCUAUCCAUGGUUUAGAGCAGUGUUUCCCAACCUCGGUCCUCAAGGCACACUAACAGUUCUGGUUUUAGUGAUAUCCAGGCUUGAACACAGGUGACUUAAUUAGUACCUCAGUUAUUUUGAUUUAACCAUCUGUGCUGAAGCCUGGAUAUCACUAAAACCUGCACUGUUGGUGUGCCUUGAGGACCGCGGUUGGGAAUGCCUGGUUUAGAGACUAUAAUAUUAAAUAUAAUAUUAAACCUAUAGGUUUUUUUUUAUAACGCUACUGAACAAAUAUUAGCUGCACUUUACGGCUUAGCUAUACUGAUGUGGCUAGUUUUACUUGCCAUCUCACUCUAUAUGCUCUCUGUAUAUUGGUAUACUGUAUUUAUUGUCUCUUACUUUGGGGUUUGUAUCAGAGUUUUGUGUGGUGUCCCAUUUAUACAUUGCCAGUGCUACAGCUCCUGGCAGACAUCUUUCUGUGCUGUAAUGUGGAGGCUAUAUCCAUGUGUUGUAUAUUGUGCAUACUGAUAUCGUUUUAUUAACAUUUCUGUGUAUUUUAUUACUUCUGUAUCUUAGCAACGUGGAUUGCCGUGUUUCAUUAAUAUACAUUUACAGUGUCUUUCUAAAGAUGAUAAAUCUGUUUGGUUCAGAUGUCAAUUUCUGCUUCAUAAGUCUCAUUUUUAUGUAUUUUUAGACCCCUGCUCCUUCAUUUGGAAGUAUGGGGUGAUAACAAUGGGAAUAGCACUCACUUUAAUGUUUUGCUGACUAAGCAUAUCCUCACUAUCAUACACUGUGGCUUCCUGUCUGGAAAACCACAAUGUUCCAAUGAGUCUGCAUGACCCCGUCCUGCAUGAAUCAGUGCAAGACGGAGAACAG